CCCACCCUCCACAGCUCACACCAUGGCUAGCUCCUGCUGCUCCCCUUGCUGCAAGCCUACCUGCUGCAGGACGACCUGUUACAAGACCACCUGCUGGAAACCAUCCUGCUGUCCACCCAGCUGCUGUGGGUCCAGCUGCAGGGGCAAAACCACCUGUGGGUCCAGCUGCUGCUGGCCAUGCUGUCCCUCAACUUGCUGUGAAACCACUUGCUGCAAGACCAGCUGCUGCAAACCAACCUGUGUGGUCAGCUGCUGCAGCACACCCUGCUGUAAGCCCAGCUGCUGUGAGCCUUGCUGCUGCCCCAGUUGCUGCAUCUUGCCCUGCUGCCAGCCCUACUGCCCUCCUACUUGCUCUAAAAACACCUGCUGCAGGACCACCUGCUCCAAAAAGUCCCAUGUGACCCGCUGCUGCAGCACACCCUGCUGCCAACCCUGCUGCUCUCCAACUUGCUGUGAAACCACCUGCUGCAAGACCACCUGCUGGAAACCAGCCCGUGUCAUCAGCUGCUGCAGCACACCCUGCUGUCCACCCAGCUGCUGUGGGUCUAGCUGCUUCCAGCCCCGUUGUCUCCCAACUUGUUCUGAAACCACCUGCUGCAGGACCCCCUGCUGCAAACCAACCUGUGUGGUCAGCUGCUGCAGCACACCCUGCUGUGAUCCCAGCUGCUGCCUCAGUUGCUGCAUCAUCCCCUGCUGCCAGCCCUGCUGCCUUCCAGCUUGCUCUAAAACCACAUGCUGUAGGACCUGCUCCAAGCAAACCUGUGUGACCCACUGCUGCAGCACACCCUGCUGAAAGCCCUGUUGCUGUGUGUCCAAUUGCUGCUAGCUAUGCUGCUCGUGAUCACUUCUCAAAGAACUGACGUCUGCACAAAAUCCUAACAUGUGCCUUCAUUUAUUGCACAAUUCUCUUCCUACCUUUGUGAAGACCAUCAUGCUGCCAUUAGAUACUCUAUGCAUCAUCCCCCAUAUAAGACCCUGUGAAUCACCUACAAGGAGUGCAGACUACUCCACCCUCAUCCUCUUCUUCCUUAGGUUUCAUGCAUCUUGUGCCAUCUUCAGAGAUUCUAGAUGGGGAGGGAUGGUCUUGCCUGAAAUUCUCAGACUAAGAUCUUUACCUUCUGUCUAAUGAAUGUAGGACCACACUUCUUCAGAAGAAUUUCAUAGCUAUAUGCAAAUGCUCCUUCAUCUUUACAGUCAUGAUUACUUUUGCAUUGUCCUCCAGAUUCUUAUCUGCCAUUUUUCCCUGUCACUGUCACCUUCAUUUCCCUCCCUAUGUUCAGUCAUCCUUCAUAAAUGCUUAAUA